AGAUGGUCAACGUUCUUUACUCGAACAACAUUUGAAUUUGAAUAAUAUUUGUUGUCAGUUCGCCCCCAAAGCUAAUCCGUGCCUUAGUUUAACAACAAGAAUUACUUGUGUCCUCUCACGGCACGCAGCGAUCACUGUCUCCGUAGCCCCAAAUCUCAGCAGUUCAGAAGAGCUGAGCCAUCUCCCCGUCUAUAAAAUGACAGCAUUACACCCAUAAUUAUCAUCAAACAAAUACUACCACGGCCACAUUUGAUUCACCCCUUUAACAUCAUCAGCUCCAUUACUCCAUGGCUAGCUACUCGAUGGGUUUCCUUUUCGCCCUCGUUGUGUGUACCUUCGCGCUUGGUGCUCUCGGAGCGCGUGACCUUGCCGACGAUGAUUGGUUAAUCGCCGCGAGACACGAACAGUGGAUGGCCAGGUACGGCCGCGUGUACAGUGACGUCGCCGAGAAAGCACGGCGGCUAGAGGUGUUCAAGGCCAAUGUUGGGUUCAUCGAGUCGGUGAAUGCCGGGAAUCACAAGUUCUGGCUCGAGGCCAACCAGUUCGCGGAUAUCACCAAAGAUGAGUUCAGAGCUAUGCACAAGGGUUAUAAAAUGCAAGUGAUUGGUAGCAAGGCUCGGGCUACUGGGUUUAGGUAUGCGAAUGUAAGUAUCGAUGAUCUCCCAGCUUCUGUGGACUGGAGGGCAAACGGCGCAGUCACUCCUGUCAAAGAUCAAGGCCAAUGCGGUUGUUGCUGGGCCUUCUCCACGGUGGCUUCCAUGGAAGGCAUCGUCAAGGUGAGCACCGGAAAACUGAUCUCGCUGUCAGAGCAGGAGCUGGUGGACUGCGACGUGGGCAUGCAGAACAAGGGCUGCGGAGGCGGGCUCAUGGACAACGCCUUUGAGUUCAUCGUCAACAACGGCGGCCUCGACACCGAGGCCGACUACCCCUACACCGGCGCUGACGGCACCUGCAACUCCAACAAGGAGUCCAACAUCGCGGCGUCCAUCAAGGGGUACGAGGACGUGCCGGCUAACGACGAGGCGUCCCUGCAGAAGGCGGUGGCCGCGCAGCCUGUGUCCAUCGCAGUCGACGGAGGGGAUGACUUGUUCCGUUUCUACAAGGGCGGCGUGCUCACUGGUGCCUGCGGCACGGAGCUCGACCAUGGUGUCGCCGCGGUCGGUUACGGCGUGGCGGGCGACGGGACCAAGUACUGGCUUGUCAAGAACUCGUGGGGCACGUCGUGGGGUGAAGAUGGGUUCAUCAGGUUGGAGAGGGACGUCGCCGAUGAGGCAGGCAUGUGUGGGCUCGCCAUGAAACCUUCCUACCCGACAGCGUAGCUUGCUUUGCUUUCUAUUCCCUCCGUAGUAGAAUGAGUCAAUAUGUGCCUUGCAUUUUGAAACGGAGGGAGCGUGGAUGAUCGAGUAAGCUUAAUAGUGUAAAUGUAAAUUUUUAUAUUUAACAGUGUAGCAAUAAUACAUGGAUAAAUAUGAGGAAAAAAAUAGAGAUCUUUCAUGCUA